UUUUUCUUUUUCUUACAGGUGUGUUUAAGUGUAUGUAAUGAGUGCACGAGAAACAAGCUUGCAGAAUGAAUCCAGCACACCAGGCCAGAAUGUGACACAAGUUAUUCAGGCUGCUGGGGGUAAUGCUCCCAGCAGCAGCAGCAACAAUGUCAGUGGAGGCAUGGAGUCUCAGUUGGCCCAGCAACUCAUGAGUCCGGUAAAGGGGUCCAGCUUGGGGUCGGGUGAGGGAGAGCUGGUGAGGUUAUCAGAUCCACGCAGCUUACAUUCCUAUACACCGCACACCUCACCCGUCCCAUCUGGCCAUGCAACCCCUGUGGCCGCAGAGGUUACCCCCAACACCACCCCUUCCUCCUCUCCCCGGAGACCACUACCCAGUGUGUCUCUGGAACCUCCAGCCAAACGGAUAAAAGUGGAGGAAAAACCCACUAAUAUCUUAGAACUUAGAAAUCUCAUUAUUGAUUGGAAGAAGGUUAAACUGGAGAGUGUUAAGGAUAAGUACAAUGACCAUUUGGUGGAAAAAUUCUUUCUGGAGAAUGAUGGCAACAUGAUGGACUUCCAGUCGUGGUGUAAGAGGCCAACUCCAGAGCUGCUUCAGUACAUUCGUCAAAACAAACUGGAAGGGGAUGAGUCUCUGGAAGCCAAGUACACCAUCCCAAAUCCUCUGCAGCUUUCAUCAAGUAUUCAGGUCAAAAGUGAGCCUCAAACUGAUUCUCAGUCUCCAUCAAAAUCUGGGCUAAGCUUGACUAGCAGAGGGUCAUCCUCUCCAGUCAAGCCUAGUAAGGGCAUGGCCAGUCCUGGUGUUGCAGCAAGACAAAAGACUCCGUCUACAAGUGAAGCAGCCCCAAGUUCAACCCAGCAAGAUCAGAUGGUUGAGAAGGCAAGACAAGAAGCGUAUGUUAUGCAGCGAAUUGCUGCCUUGAGAAAAGAAGGACUGUGGCCAGAGAAACGUUUACCAAAAGUUCAGGAGCCUCCGAGGGCAAAGGCCCACUGGGACUAUUUACUUGAGGAAAUGGUGUGGCUCAGUGCUGACUUCGCUCAAGAAAGAAAAUGGAAAAAAGCAGCUGCCAAAAAGUGUGCUCGAAUGGUUCAGAAAUAUUUCCAGGAUAAGGCAUUGCAGGCACAAAAGGCUGAAAAAGAACAGGAAAUGAGAACUAGGAAAAUUGCAGCAUUUAUAGCAAAGGAAAUUAGGACCUUCUGGGGCAACGUAGAAAAAUUAGUUGAAUAUAAAGUAACAACCAAAUUAGAUGAGAAGAAAAAGAAGGCAUUGGACCAGCAGCUUAGUUUUAUUGUAGACCAGACGGAGAGGUAUUCCUCCUGGUUAGCUGAGAGUAUGAACAAACCCGUGGACUCGACAGCUGCUUCCACUCGUUCCAAUUCACCGUCACGAGACAGUCGUGUUUCUGAUGAGGAAUUUCAGCCAGUGGAAUCAUCUGAUGACGACGAGGGCACCAUAGCGAGAGAGGAUGACAACCCCGAGGAGCAGGCCUCCGAACUUCAGCUGCUACAGGAGGAAUCCAAGCAGACCAUCGAGGACCUGCUGAAGGAGCUCCCACCUGGCUACUUAGACCGCGACAGUGACACCUCCAGUUGCAGCGGCGACGCGGAACAGCCCGGGGCCCUGGAGGCUUCGGAGGCUGCAGUGCAAGAGGAGGAAGCCAGUGAGAAAAAGGAGAAGGAGAAAGGGAUGGGGAAAGUGGAACCUGUGGACAAGGACAAAGGUGAAGGUGAGGGAGAGGAGGAGGAGGAGGCGAUGGAGGUAGAACAGGAGAAAAAGGAGGAAGACAGUGAGAAGGUGGAUGGUGUUGGUGAAAGAAAAACUGUUAAAGAUAUUAGAAAGAGGAAAGUGAAAUUAAAGACAAGUGGGGGUGAGGGUACAUCAAAGAAAGACGUUGAUAAAGAUUUCGAGGUGGAGGAAUCGGAGGACGACGAUGAAAAUACAAUUGAAGAGCAAGAGGAGAAAGAAGGGGAAGUUAACCAUCAAGAGGAGUUAGACGAUUUGCAGGCGGAAAAUGAAAUGUCAGUUGAAGAGUUGAGAAGAAAAUAUGCAGAAUUAGCUGCCAGUGCUGAACCAAUGGAGGAAGACAUCGACAACGAAAGUUCAGAUGAUGAUGAUGAGGACAAUGAAGAUGAUGAGGAAGAAGAGAUGGAAGUCGAAGGAGAAGAGGAAGAACUGCAUGAGGAUUCCGACAGGGACGAAGAGUGUAGUGAAGAAGGGGAAGAUACUCCUAGUGAUGAGGAGGAGGAGGACCUUGGCCUGGGCUUGGCAACACUCAUGGAUGAGAAUUUCGAGACCAAGGACAAAGAUACCAAGGGUGACAGCGAAAAGGCAGACAAGGAGCUCCAGGAUGCCUCCGCAGUGGCAGAAGCACUUCAGCCCAAAGGCUUCACCCUGUCUUCCACUUCUGUGACUACACCCAUUCCUUUCCUGUUGAAGCACAUGCUGAGAGAGUACCAACAUGUCGGCUUGGACUGGUUAACAACUAUGUAUGAAAAGAAACUAAAUGGUAUUCUUGCCGAUGAGAUGGGUCUUGGUAAGACCAUUCAGACCAUAUCUCUCUUGGCCCACCUCGCUUGUGAGAAGGGUAAUUGGGGGCCUCAUCUGAUUGUUGUCCCUACCUCCGUCAUGCUCAACUGGGAAAUGGAGUUCAAGAAGUGGUGCCCGGCUUUCAAGAUCCUCACCUACUAUGGCACGCAGAAAGAGCGGAAGAUGAAGAGACAAGGUUGGACAAAGCCAAAUGCAUUCCAUAUUUGUAUUACUUCCUACAAGCUGGUGAUCCAGGACCAUCAGAGUUUCAGAAGAAAAAAGUGGAAAUACUUUAUCCUUGAUGAAGCUCAGAACAUUAAGAAUUUCAAGUCGCAACGAUGGCAGUUACUAUUAAAUUUUCAAAGCCAAAGACGUUUACUGCUGACGGGAACGCCCCUCCAAAAUAACCUAAUGGAGUUGUGGUCCUUGAUGCAUUUCCUGAUGCCCAAUGUGUUCGCCUCGCAUCGAGAGUUCCGGGAAUGGUUUUCCAACCCUGUGACUGGUAUGAUUGAAGGCAAUAAGGAGUACAAUGACAGCAUCAUUAAGAGAUUACACAAGGUGCUGAGACCAUUCAUAUUGAGGAGAUUAAAGACCGAAGUAGAGCAACAGAUGCCCAAGAAGUUUGAACAUGUUGUAAUGUGCAGACUGUCCAAACGGCAGCGGUACCUCUAUGAAGAAUUCAUGUCGAGAACCAAAACUAAGGAGACCUUGGCAUCAGGCAAUUUUCUGAGUGUGAUAAAUGUGCUAAUGCAGCUACGUAAAGUUUGCAAUCAUCCUAACUUGUUUGAACCACGUCCAACUGUAUCGCCCUUCAUGAUGGAGGGUCUUCUGUACAGAGCCCCAUCCAUAGUUUGGGGAAUUACUGACUACGAUCCAUUCAAGCAUGUAGACCUAUUCAGCUUAAAUUUACUUCUUGCUGACCUAGAGCUAUGCCUAACGGCAUUUGCUGCACAUCGCAUUCGCAAGUUCCAAGCAUCCAAAAGACUCAUCGAAGAAAUAGACUCUGCCCCAGACCCUCCACCAAAGUGUCCAGCUGGUAAAAUCAAGCUCCACGUGCGGCCGUCUAGUCAAAGUGUGCCUAAGCCAGGAAGUUCUCCUGUGACCACUCCUAGAGCACCAACUCCUGUAGGGGCUGUGCGAGCUCCUUUGCAGCAAGCUCCUGCAGUAGCAGCAGCACCUGCUUCUGUGCCAGGUGGAGGCAUGAGGUUCCAGCUGGUGCAGCAAGGAGGGACAAUAAAAGCCAUCCAGGUUGCACCAGGCACAGGCAGCAGUGGAAUGAUGGUGCAACAGACGCCCCAGGGACCACGUUUGGUCAUGCCACAAAGAGUGGGCAUUAGUAACCCAACUGGUGCUGCCACUGUGGGUGGAGCACCAACAGUUGCUGGUACGUCAGCAGUUGGAGGACUUCAGCUUCUACAAACUUCAUCGGGUCAGCUGUUAUUAACAACAGCUCCUGUACAAAAGCCAGUGAACCAAACAAUGUCUCAAGGUGUCAGUGGAACAGCAGCAGCAGCACUACUACAGCGUCUGCAAGGGCUAAAGGGCUUGCAAGGUUCAAUGAUAACAACAGGUGCAGGUGGUCGACCUGUGUUGAGAUUACCACUACCUACAAACACUCUGAGACCGCAGACUCAGGUCUUGGGCACCGUUCCUAAUCUUGGAGCAACACCAACAGUAGGAGGAGCAACGGCAGUACGUCCUCCUACGACUCCUGUUCAAAGUACACCCACUGCAAGUCCUGUGAGGCCUGGACCCUCAUCCCCAGCUCCACGGGCACAGACAGCCAAUUCAACCCCAAGCACCACGCCCACCAAGGUCAUGACGAGGGUUGAACAGCGGGAGCUGGAGCGCCUAGAAGAAAAGAGAAAAGAUGAAGAGAGAAAAAGAAGCUUAUUUUUCCUUAAUGAUCUGGAUGAAAGAAAGCGAAAGAACAGAAAGGACAAACUGUCGCUCAUUUCUAAGCUAAACACCCGCCGCUGCCACGCAUGCCCCAUCUACGGGUCAGAUCUGAUCGAGGCCGUCAACGUCAUUGGGAAUAUCCAGGGCCUGGCCUUGAGCACAGAAUGGUGUGGCCAAGGAAUGGUCCAUUGUCAGCAUGCAACGAUGGUCAACCCAAGAUAUUAUUGGUCCCAGACUCAGUCGCUUCACAUGAUGGUGAACACUCCUGUGACCUAUCUCCAGAAGCUGAAGGACAUGACGGACAGAUACGUGUUCUGUAUCCCAUCGGUGGUCGCGCCGUACCCUCAGAUGCGAAUGAGUCAUCCACAGCCCUCCAAACUGUGGACGGAUGAGCGGAUGAAGGUGAUCAUGAAGAACGGGCUCGGGCCAAGAAUGUCGCCAUUGCAUCAUAUCAUGAAUGCUUCUGUUACACAGUUCCCUGAUCCCAGACUUAUUCAGUAUGACUGUGGUAAGCUGCAGACUCUAGAUCGCCUUCUACGUCAGCUAAAGACUGGGAGUCAUAGGGUCUUGAUAUUUACACAAAUGACAAAAAUGCUGGAUGUUUUUGAAGCUUUCCUCAAUUACCAUGGACACCUGUAUUUGAGAUUAGAUGGCACAACAAGAGUUGACCAGAGACAGGUUUUGAUGGAGAGAUUCAAUCAAGACAAACGCAUCUUUGCUUUCAUUUUGUCAACUCGGUCUGGAGGUAUUGGUGUGAAUCUCACUGGCGCAGACACGGUCAUAUUUUAUGACUCAGAUUGGAAUCCAACCAUGGAUGCUCAGGCUCAAGACAGGUGUCAUCGUAUUGGACAAACCAGAGAUGUGCACAUCUACAGACUCAUAUCAGAAAAGACCAUCGAAGAGAACAUCUUGAAGAAAGCCAAUCAAAAGCGCCUUCUUGGUGAUCUUGCAAUUGAAGGUGGCAACUUCACCACGGCACACUUCAAGAGGUCUACCAUCCAGGAUCUCUUUGAUGUUAAUGUUGCUGAACAUGACGCAUCAAAGAGAAUGUCAGAAGUUCUAGAAAAGAAUGGCGCUCCAGAAGAGGGCAAAGAGUACUCUGAAGGAGAAAGAGUCAAGAUGGGAGCAUUUGAAAGUGCCUUAGCUGCUGCCGAGGAUGAGACUGAUGUUCAGGCAGCCAAGACGGCAAAGGCAGAGGCUGCUGCAGAGUUGGCCGAGUUCGAUGAAAACAUUCCAAUUGAAGAUGGAGAAGGAGGAGAGGAAUUGAGCAAGGCUGAGCAGGAGGUAGCACUGCUAAUGAAGCAGCUGACUCCAGUAGAAAAGUAUGCCAUGAAGUUCAUAGAGUCUGCUGACGAUGGUUGGGCUGCUGAAGCAGAGCGCAUGGCAGCAGAAAUUGAGCAGCAGAAGAAGGAAUGGGAAUUAGGGCGCCUGCAAGCUUUAAAGGAGGAGGAGGAGCGUUUGGCCCACAACUCGGAUGAUGAGCUUCUGGCUUACUCUUCUGCCGAUGCACACAAUCAGGUCAAUAUGAAGAAAAAGAAAGGUAGAAAUAAGGGCCGUCCAAAAGCCAAGGGCCUGAAAAAGGCUGAGGUUGAGUCCUCCAAAGUUGAAGUGUUUGAAGAGAGGGAGAAAUGUAGUAGGUCAUCAUACGUUAGCACAAGUGACUCUGACAAAGAAUCAGAAUGUGAGAGCAAUUUUGAACAGCCGUCAGACAGUGAUAGUGGGGAGGAAAUGUCAAGUAGUGAAGAGGUCUAUAAUCCAGUCAGACACAAACUGAGAAACAGCAGUGGAGCAAGUGCAACUAGCAGGACAAGUAGUGAAACGUCAAUGCCAAAAUCACCCCCACCAAAGGUCUUGUUCAGCACCGUGUCUGAGGAUAGUCCAAGGACUCGGUCAAGAGGUCAUGUCAAGAUCAACCUCUGGACGCUUGACGUAAAUCCUGUAUUGCCAGGCGAGAGACCAAUGCCUUUCAGUAGAAAGCAGUUGGCCAACCUCAGGGAUCAGGGCAUGCCUAUGCCACCUUCAGAUGAAAAGGGAUCUCCAACACCCAGUGAUGACAGAGGGAGCAAUCUUAGUGGUCAGGCUGUGAACGGGGAGCUGGAUAGAAGGGGAGGGAAGGGGAUGGGUAGAGGGGAGGGGGAAGACCUAGACGUGGAUGUUGUGGGAGAUUCUGGGGACUCCAACACUGUGGAUGGAACACAAGUAGGAACAGAUGACGGAAACAGCAUAGAGGAUUUAACGGGGACUCUAAAAUCAAACGGUCCAACUCAGAUCACCGUGGAGAAUGGUGGUGGUUUGUGAGUCUUGGUUGCGUUUCUGCUUGAUGGUAUAGUUUUUAUGAUUACAUUUUAAUUUAUUUUUCUAUUUUCAGUAUUGUAAAGUAACUGGUGCUGAAAAAGUGUCACGUAAUAAUCCGAUUGCAAUUUUUAUCUCUGUGGAAAGUUGACAAAUCAUGUUACGGAAGAAAAAUUUAGACUGUGAUGCUUGUAAAUAUUGUAAAUUUCUUGUACAUCACACAAAUAAAUGUCUGUCCCUGAAUGAU